AUGACGAGGUUAAAACGUCUCUCACUCUCGGUCGCUCCUGUUUCAGGUGCAGCAGGUGUUCUGGUCGGACAUCCCUUUGAUACGGUCAAGGUCCGGCUGCAGGUUCAGAGCGUGGACAAGCCUUUAUACCGCGGGACAUAUCACUGCUUCCAGUCCAUCGUCCGGCAGGAGUCUAUGUUUGGCCUUUAUAAAGGUAUUGGGUCACCCAUGAUGGGCCUGACGUUCAUCAACGCCAUCGUCUUUGGUGUUCAGGGCAACGCAAUGCGCAAGUUGGGCGAGGACACGCCCAUAAACCAGUUCCUAGCCGGAGCGGCGGCCGGCGCCAUCCAGUGCGUGAUCUGCUGCCCGAUGGAACUGGCCAAGACCCGGAUGCAGAUGCAAGGAACGGGCGAGAAGAAGUCGUCCUCUCGGAAGGUCUACAAAAACUCGCUGGACUGCCUGGCUCGCAUUUACCAGCGCGAGGGUUUGCGCGGGGUUAACCGAGGGAUGUUGACGACUCUCAUCCGAGAGACGCCGGGAUUUGGCGUUUAUUUCCUGGCGUACGACCUCCUGACGCGAUCGCUGGGGUGCGAGCCGGAGGACCCGUACUUGAUCCCCAAGCUGCUGUUCGCUGGAGGCAUGUCGGGAAUCGCGUCUUGGCUUUCGACGUAUCCGGUGGACGUGAUAAAAUCCCGCCUCCAAGCCGACGGCGUCGGAGGAAAGUACCAGUACAGCAGCAUCAUGGACUGCACGAGAAAGAGCAUCCAGCGUGAAGGUUGGCGGGUUUUCACACGCGGACUUACUUCCACUCUUCUACGCGCUUUUCCGGUCAACGCAGCCACUUUCGCAACGGUAACGCUCUUCCUUUUGUACAUACGCCCGGACGAGGGAUCGAAGGAUUGCGAAGCGGCUCCAGCUUCGCAUCAAGCGGCGUUGCAGCAGCAAGCGCAACCGUCCAGUCUGUGAGUAACCCCGAAAUACUGGGAUAGCGACUAGCGUAGCACUUCCCGAAAUAAUGGCUGACCUGUUACUAAACGAACAGUUGCUGCGCAUCGAGCACAUCUGUCCACUGUAAACAGAAUUGCACAACCUUUCUAUCCAUACAAUGACUUGAGCUCCGCAUCUGUAAAUAUAUAUAAUAUAUAUAUUUUUUAUAUUUAAUGAUAUUUAACGAAGACGUUCCCUGUGUCUGCCUUACGAGAGCUGAGCGAAUCCGACCUCUGGUAAAACUUGAUUUGACCUUGCAAAUUAUUGCUACACUGAAAAGAUUCCAGUGUCUAAACAAAUGCUCAAGUUUAGUUAGGGUGGACACCAGUUGAUGCAAAUGAAAAGAAGGUUUCAGGUCAUUUGUGUUUUUCGCUGGAAAGUUUUGGGAAAAUAGUUACCAAGGACUUUCCCAGCCUCAUUUUUGUUUGCAUCAAACUUAGCAUGGCCUCUAGCCUGACUAAGUUAAUAUCCCAGACACAAGAUUAAAUUUGUACUCUCAACCCCACCCAGUCAUAAACAAAUACGGUUUUGGCAAUGGGGAAUUUAGUCUUUGUUACUGUGAUGUUUUUAAUCUGAGGAGUGAGAACCUUUUAAUGGAAGCUGCUGGUGACAUUGUGUACAAGGUCGCAAUAUCUUGGCCAACUGUAAAAGUUGUGCAAUCAAUAUGGUAGACGCCAAAUUACGUUUGCUGAAAUUUCUAAAUCACUGAGGAGCUAUUGAUGUUGUCUUUCAUUUGGUUCCUGGUGUACUGAAAAGAGAAUAAACCAAAGGUUUUUGCCAGAUAAAUCAAAUUCUGUCCCCCUUGUUUUAUGGUGUAUUAUCUCCAAAAUGAAUGCAAUAUUUGCAUGUUCUCUGUAACUUAUUAAAGUGUUUGGAUACAGAUUGUAUCUGGUCCACUGUAAUAAUAUCUAAACUGCUGUUAAAUGACCUGCUGUGUUUAAGUAACGUGUUUUGAUUUACAGAAGCAUGCGGGUUGUCUUCAAGAUCAAUAUAUUUUAUGCGUGUAUAUAUAUCAAGGCUUGAAUUUUAGAUGGAUGUGUAAAUAGAGUUCCAUGUGGUUGAUUUCCGAGUGCUGAAUGUAGGAGACUAAAACAUGCACUUGGGAAAGCAGUAGACAGAAGAGGUUUGCAAGGCUUUUAAAGAAUGUGCUGCUCAUUUUGUAACGGUUAUGGAUUGUACGUUGAAUUGAAUGUAAAUAUGUAGUAUUCCAUUAAAAAGGGAAGUUUAGACAUAUGCAUUGAAAACAAAAAUGUUUUGUGUGAUAUCUGUGAGAAAUGUAAAUAGUGUAUGUUACAGAGUUAGAUCGGUUUCAAAAGUACUAAAUUGGUUUUAAUUUGAAUAGUUUUAGUUUUCUUUCUUUUUCAGAUUUGUUGUUACUGCCGUUGCCGAACGGAUGGAUCAGUAUUGAAUCUGAUUAAAUGUCUGUCCUAUUUUUGUAUGAAAAAGAUUAGUUCUGCUCUGCUCCCAUUUGAAAAGUGAUUGGCCUCAACCAAUUCAUAAAUUGCUUUUGGUCGGCUAAAGUAUGUGAAAAUAAAUGGGAUAAAUUAUA